AUGGAGCUCUCGAGCAUGUUGUCUGCUGGGCAGCAGGAAGCCGAUGGCGUGGACGAUAGCAGRAAGCAGAACCACCAAUACGCAACCCGCCAUGGACACUCAGCCCAUGACUUACAACACAACACGAGGCCUGGUACAAACAACAACCAGCGACAACUCAAAGGUGGCGGCGCUGCUGCUGCUGCUGCUGCUGCCGCACACCCUCGAAACUCACCGGCCAAAAAGGACCAGAAACAUGUACUUUUCCAGCUCAUAGGUCAACAAGAUGCUCGGAUCCAGGCACGCCUACCAAUGAGAGUCAUGAUAUCGCCUCACGACAACACCGACUCCAUCAUUGCCUCGGUUCGCAACUUUUACGGAUUAUACGACUAUGGCGUGAGCUUCGAGACUUGGGAGGGCAUCAGCAUCAUUGCUGCGUGGGACAAUUUUGACAACGACAUGACGGUACUUGUUAGGACCAUACCGCUCCCACCUCCCAGCGAACGCGCCCGUGACUCGGUGUCGCCCAAGAAGGCUGCCCUCGGCGCACCGUUCGAAAUGCGCCCGCCAGUCCAUUCGCCGUCCAGGUCUGCCGUUCGAUCUGCAGGAAUUCGUAGUGUGUCUCCUCAGUCUGAUACUGGUCGACGUAGURUGUCGGCAGCUCCAGGUCACAGAUCGCGGUCGCAGAAAAUGAAGAGCAAGGACAAUAGCGUCACGGGAGACCAUGAGGGCUAUAGCAGCGAUAAUAACGACAAUGGCUCGGUAACAAGCUCACGCCGCUCCAAAGCGGAGGAGAUCAAGGCCGAGAUCACCGUCGACAACAUUGUCGAGGGCGGUAGGCGCAAGAGGGCAUUCGAGAGUUCGGAACUUCCUCUUUUUGUGCCUCCACAGGUGCCUAUGAAUGCAUCUACAUCUUCGAUCUCGCCACAGCGUCGGGCAGGUCCGCUGAAUGCAUCGCCAUAUGGCAAUGCGAACCAGCAUACAUUUGCAUACAAUCAGGCAAUGCCUUCACCGCAAAGCUACAAUCAUGGCUUCGGAUAUGCUUUGCCGCCCUUUCCUGGGAACCCAUAUCAGAGCGGUUUCCCGCCACAGUCGAGGCAAUUGCGAGGAGGGCGUGUCAGUGGUGGUAGUCACACGUCAAAUCGCAACUCCACCGGAGGCAUCCUCCCGACCCCAGACCCCACGAUUGGAAGUGUCAUUUCAGACGAGGACGUGGCACUGCAACUCAUGCGACUUGGCGAUCCAUUAGCGUUCUCCCAUGGACGCACAUCAACGUCAACCGUUGACGACGCGCUGAGCGGCAAGGCCGAAGCAGCAUCUUCGGACGAAGAGGACGGGGAAGAGGAGGAUGAUAAUUCUGGAAUUCCCGCUGUUCCUGCUUUUGAGGAUGCCGGGCCGCAAAGAAAGAAGCAGCGCACUGCAAAUGAGCUGCCCAGCGAUGGGACAAGCGGUGAAGAGUAUGAAGAUCUCCGUGACGGUACCUUUCACGGCGAGUGCGAUGGUCUGCAGGGCGACGUCGGUCACCGUAAAUUGAGCAAACCAAAGCACAAGGCUCGCAAUGGAAGUGUUGCGAUGGGUAAGCCUGGCAAGCCCCGGGCUUUGUCAAUUUCGAAGGCGAAGAAGCCUUCCUUGGCGAACGGUCAUGUCCACACCCAUCCAACGGUGCCUAUGUCGCCUGCAUCGCUGCCGCCGCAGUCUCGCAAGGCUUCAAUUUCGUCGACCAUUGCCUUUCAGCAUCAUCUCGGUGCCGAUGAAGAGGACUUGUCAUCCAAGCCGCGCUGUCAGCGCUGCCGUAAGAGCAAGAAGGGCUGUGACAGGCAGCGGCCAUGUGGCCGUUGCAAGGAUGCCGGCAUUGGUGCCGAUGGCUGUGUCAGCGAAGACGAGGGAAACGGACGCAAGGGUCGAUACGGCCGGCACAUGGGCGUUACCAUUAAAAAGGCAGACGGUAGUGUUGGCGACGAAGAUGACACGCCGCCGCCACAACAGACACAAUCUCAGCUUGGCAUGAUCGCCCCGGCCAAUUUUUAUCUGGCUCCAGCCAGUUUGGCCAAAGAUAAGAAAAGGAAGCGAUGA